GGUAUUUUCUGUAAUUCAACUUGCGGUCACACUGUUCAUGGUGCAAAAGUAAACAAACAGCAAAAUUUCGCAAAACAGCGAAUAUUUCAAAAUAGUGGCGCUAAGAAUGUGAAACAAUGUGCAGAAUUUGCUUAAGAAACUUGUAAGGUGCUGAGUAAGGAAAUUUUAGUGAAUGCAAAGCCCUAAGUGUGAGUUUACGAUAAAGCAAUGAACUUAAACGACGACUCAGAUGAGGUAGAGAAAAGGCGCGCCAAAUAAGUUUGUUUUGAAUUUGAAACUAGCACUUUGGGAUUGGUGCUAUUGCACAAUUAAAGCUUUAAUGGCUUAUUUCUUAAAUCACUGUGCAUCUGGCAAUUAGCCAAGUGAAUGCCCACUGCCAAUUACAAUGUAAACAAUGGAAUGAGACUCACCUGGCCAUGGCCCACCUUACCAUGACCCAUUUUCAACAUGUGCAACAGUUGUGUGUUUUUGUGCGAUUUGUGUGUCUUGCGCAGUGAGUGGCAGCGUGUCAUCAAUGAAUGAAACCGGACAACAGACGCAACGGCGACAGUUGAAUCGAUUUUCCAAGGCUACUUGCAACGACAAGCUCUCAGUUACAUUUGAAGCGGCGCCUCGCACGGUUGCAGUUCUUGUUCUUGACGCUUGAUGGGGCAUUCAGAAAAAUUUGCAUAGACUUACAUAAGGCAGGCAGCAUGUCUUGGAAGUUUGUGGGCCAGCCCAAGGCGGGCACUGAGACCGCUCUAGAGGCUUGCGACUAUUUUGUCGAUGAGGUCAUUGAGGUCUCCGGCGGACGGGAUGCGCGUGAAGAAGUGCGUCAGAUCAAGCAUGGUGAACUGCGGGCGGCGGUCAGUGCUGGAGAUGAACGCACAGUGCGUGUGCUGCUCGAGGCGCUGGGCAGAGAGCGACAGAUCAUUGUCAAUAUGGCACCAGCGGGCGCCAAUACGUUGCUUUUUCUCGCCUGUCAAUCCGGCUUUGAGAGCAUCACACAGCGUUUACUAGAUGCAGGCGCCGAUGGACGCUCGCAUGCGGUGACCAAAUACUCACCUCUUUAUGCUGCUGUGCACAAUGGUCACUAUGGCAUUGCCAAGCUGAUGCUGGACCGCUUUCCGGAGCUCAUACAACAGGCCACUGUGGAGCGUUGGCUGCCGUUGCAUGCCGCUUGCAUAAAUGGGCAUAUCAAGCUAUUGGAGCUGAUUAUUGGCUUCGCAUAUCCCGACUACCUCUAUCAAACAUAUCGCGAUGAGGAGGGCCAAUGGGAAUGGCGUCUGCCCUUUGACGCCAAUGCCCAGGAUGUGACGGGCCAAACCAGUUUGUACAUUGCCAGUUUGCUGGGCAACAAGCAGCUGCUGGGCGUGCUGCUCAAGUGGCAACUGCGCUGUCGUCGCACGAUCAGCGUUGAAGAUGGAAGCAGUUCUACAACUAGCGCCACAGCGGGACAAUCCACGCCCAUAACGCCUACACGCAAACGCAUUUCCUUUGGUAUUCAAGCAAUUAUGUCCAAGCUGCACAUAUCUGGCGAAGGCGACACACUGGAGGCACAAACGUUGCCCGCUGAGCAGGAGUCUCAACGUUGCCCAAUACACAUCAAUUUGUUGUGUGGAGCAGCGCGAGAAACAGCUCUGUUGGCAGCGGUACGUGGCGGUCACUUGGAUGUGGCACAAGCGUUGCUGCAGCAUGGCGCUAAUCCCAAUAUUGUGGCCAAGCCCGUGGAGGAUCACAACGAUCCCAAGUGCAGCGAGGAGAUCUACGGUUUAAGCAAUGUGCCCAUUGCCGAGGCGUGCAAACAACGUUCGUUGGCCAUGCUGGAUUUGCUGCUGAAGUUUGGCGCACGCGAUGAUAAUGGCACCGCGAUUAGUGUGGCGAUUGCUAGUGAGGAUGAGGCGUUGCUCAGUCGUCUGUUGGCGCGUCGAGUGCAUCCCGAUUCGGACUACAAGAUCAACAAGAAGGGUUUGCCUACGCCGCUGGAGGUGAAUGUGUUCCUGCCCUCGGCUAGCAAUAUUUCGUACAGCGCCAUGUUCCCAAAUGUGCCCACCAUCAUUGAUUGGCACAGUCUCAGCAUGAACGUUCAGCUGCCCUUUGUGCGCUGCGAGUGGCUGGUUAGCGGUGUGCUGCAGCUGAAUCCCAAGCUCACCUCGCAUCCCAGGCUCAACGAGGUAGCGCUCACGGCCAUCACGCGCAUCGAUUUUUCUCACAACGUGCUCACCAGCAUUCCGCCAGAGCUAUUCAAUCUGGUUAGCCUCAAGUAUUUGAAUGUGGCGCAAAACAAAAUCACAGAGCUGCCUGCGCCGCUGGCCAAGAGCUACAAUUGCCCCGUGCUGGACGAGCUCUUUCUGCAGGACAAUCAGCUGACUUCCUUGCCGGCAGCGAUCUUCCAGCUGCCCGCUUUAACUAUACUGGAUAUCUCCAACAAUAAGCUGCAACAGUUGCCCUUUGAUAUGUGGCGUGCACCGAAGCUGCGUGAACUGAAUGUGGCCUUCAAUCUGCUGCGUGAGCUGCCUGUUCCGCCCAUGCAGACAAGUGGUUCACUGCUGAGUCUGGACAAGCUACAGCUGCUGCAGUCUUUUGACGAGCCUUCGUCCAAUAAGCCGCACACACUUUGCCAGCAGACGCUAACGCAUCGCAAUCUGUGGUCCACAACGCUGGACAUAACGGACAAUGAUUUGAAGUGGCAACAGGAGCAGGAGCAAGAGCAGGAACAGGCAGCGAUUGAUGGCAAAGCGCCACCACAUGGCGCUUCACAGUUGAGCAGUCUCAACAUAGCCAACAAUUUGUUCACCAGUAUUCCAGCUGCGUUGCCUUGUCUCGCUGUCAACUUGACGCGGCUAAACAUGAGCUACAAUAGUCUGCGUUCCAUGGGUCAUGUGACCAGUUAUCCAGCCACAUUAAAGCAGCUCGACUUGAGUCACAAUGAGAUCUCGUGUUGGCCCAGUUUGCCACGCAUCACCGACUCCGAUCCGAAUCUGCUGUGCUACAGUUAUGUGCAGUUACCGGAGGGCAGCAGCGAUGAGCCCAUCUACAAGACACCGGCCAAGGGCAGCAGUUGCAGCUUUCGCGCUUCGGUGCUGAAGAGCGUUUGCCGGCAUCGACGGCACUUGAGACUAGAGGCGUUGCGCACCUUAAUCUUGGCCGACAAUUUGCUGACACGCAUUCAAUUGUCCACAGAUGAUGCAACGACGUUGUUCAACGAGAGCGAAGAUGCCGAUUGGAGUGUGGUGGGCGUGAACAAGUCCAAGGUGAUAUUUCCCAAUCUUUCCAUGCUGGAUAUGACCAACAAUUGUCUCAAGGAAAUACCUGCUUCAUUGCACGAGCUCAGCAGCUUGUCAGUGUUGAAUAUAAGCGGCAAUGUGCAGAUUACCGAAUUGCCACCACAUCUUGGAUUGCUCUCGAGGCUAUGGAACCUAAAUACACGUGGUUGCCUGCUGCAGGAGCCCUUGCGUUCGAUGAUCGAGAGCAAGAAGCAUAAGACCAUGGACAUUGUGGGCUAUCUAAAGUCCAUCUACGAGGACGCGCAGCCCUAUGCACGGAUGAAGCUCAUGGUUGUGGGUUCUUGCGGCAUUGGCAAGACGACACUGUUGGAUCUACUGCGUCAGGGCGUGGGCAGCGGCUCGAGUAGCGCCAGCGCACAUCGUUCUCGUGCCAAUGAGAAUCAUUGGGCCAAACGCAUGGGACACUCGCGCAGCACAUCGCGUUCACAGCGACGCGCAAAUAUCUCCACGGUGGGCGUCGAUAUUGGCACCUGGAUCUGUGAGAAACGGAAACGCGCGACGGGCUGUCAAGCGAUUGUGUUUCGCACCUGGGAUUUUGGCGGCCAGAAAGAGUAUUAUGCCACGCAUCAAUACUUUCUGUCCAAACGCAGUUUGUAUCUAGUGCUGUGGCGCAUUAGUGAUGGCCACAAAGGCCUGGCGGAGUUGCUGCAGUGGUUGGGCAACAUUCAAGCAAGAGCACCUAAUUCGCCAGUGCUCAUUGUGGGCACACAUUUCGAUACGGUGGGUGAGUCCAUCUCAGCGCAACAAGCGGAGCAGCUGCAGCAGUUGAUACGUGAAAAGUUCAUAGCGAUUCCGGAUGCCGAGAAGAUUGGAUUACCGCGCGUCAUUGAUUCCAUUGAGAUCAGCUGUCGCACGAUGCACAACAUCCAUUUGCUGGCCAACAUAAUCUACGACACGGCUAUGCAACUGCGUUCGCCGGGUUCCAAGGAGCCCAUGUUGCUGCAAAAGAUUCCCGCCAGUUACAUUGCUCUGGAGGAUAUUGUGAAUGUGAUUGCCUGCAAUUUGCGUGCGGCUGGACGUGAUCCUGUGCUCGAUGCAGAGCAGUAUCGCAGUAUCGUCACCGAACAAAUGCGACUGCAUAAUUAUAAGAGUUUCCGGGAUGCUGCCGAGUUGCAGCAGGCGACGACGUGGUGUCAUGACAACGGCAUACUCUUGCACUAUGAUGAUGCCACACUCAGGGAUUACUAUUUCCUCGAUCCCCAGUGGCUGUGCGAUAUGCUGGCGCAUGUUGUGACGGUGCGUGAGAUUAAUCCAUUUGCACCUACGGGCGUGAUGAAGCUAGAUGAUCUGCAGCUGCUGUUUCGCAGUGUGCAUGCCCAGGGCAAUGGCAAUCGCAGUUAUAUAGUCAGCUUGCUCAACAAGUUUGAGGUUGCCUUGACUUGGGAUUCGCGUACCUUGCUCAUUCCCUCAUUGCUGCCGCUGCAGGAGGCGGCUACCUAUAAUGAUGGCACUACGGUGAAACUUCUACAGCGCGUGCGUGGACGUAGUCACAAUUUGGGUUGCUCGGUGUCGCAGGAAUUAAAUCUGAAUAAACUGAUCUAUGAGCAGCACUCGCCACGCACGCCAUCAACUGCGGGAGGUUUGCCCAGCCAAGGCUUGCGUCGCAUGCUUUUGAUGACUUACUUUCCCUCGGGCUUCUGGUCGCGUUUGAUCACGCGAGUGCUUGCCGAUGAGCAGAUCAUUGAGGCCAUACGUGGUGUCUACGUUGCUGCACAAGAUAAAUAUUUGGACUUUGAUUUGCGCGGCUCGCUGGAGCAGGAUACACAGUGGAAUCUUUGGCAGACGGGCGUGGCGCUUUACUAUGGCCCCAUCCUCAUAUUUCGUAUCUGGGAGGUGCCUUUCCAAAGUACUGAGCGCACGCAGCCUUUUCGCACCGCCAGCAAUCGCUUCAAGCUCAAGCUGGAUGGCAUUUGGAGUGAUGUGAAUCUUUGCUCUUCGAGUAUUUUGGACGUCUACUUUCCCCUAUUCAAUGUGAGCAUUUAUCAAGAGUUGGAUGCAGGGGAACGACAACUUCUCGCUGAGCUGCAGCCACAAAUGUCGCAGGUGGCCAAAUUGCUGGCUCUUGUGGUGGAUCACAUUGAUCUCUUGCUGGAGGAUUGGUAUCCAGCGCUGGGCACGCGAUUUGUGCACACUUCCGAGGGUCGUUUUUUGAUCACACGCCUGGUGUUGUGUCCGCGUUGUCUGCGUAAGCUGCAACUUCAGAAUGGAGCAGAACCUGUCGAUCGAGAGCCCAACUUCAAUGGUAAUCGUCCCAGUCGCAGCAGCAAACGUGGCCCAUACUUUCUGCAUGGCGUUGGCGAUCCAGGUGACGAUGGCGCUUUGAAUGUUUUCUCCGCUUAUCUGAAUGCCACGGCGAGCAGAGAACGACACUCUGCGGAUUCCUUGGGCGCUGGCUCCGAUGCUGACUCAGGCGUUGGUCCCGAUUCAGCGUUUUCGUCGCGCAACACUUCCAUUGAUGGUCAUCCGGCUUAUGCCUCACAUCAUCUGCCAGACAACUCGAAUGUCUGCUAUGCUUGGAUGGUCGAAGAGUGCAUUUUAUCGGUAUACAAUCAGAGCAAACUCAGUUGUCCCGUGCAUCUGGAGCAAUCGAUGGCGCAGCUGGCGCCAGAUGUGAUCUUUGCUGAUAUUCCCGACAAGCACACAAUUGCCACUGAGUGCAUCAUCAAAGGUUCACUGCUGGGACGCGGUGCCUUUGGUUUUGUGUUCAAAGCUAGUUGCAAGUUGCGUGGCGCCCGCGCCUUUCGAUCGGUGGCCAUGAAGAUGCUGCAACCGGUGCCGCCAGGUGCGCGUGCCAAGGAGAGCGCUUUGAUGGCCUAUAAGGUGGCGCUGGGUAAAUGGGAUCGAGAUCCUUUGCAGCACUCCUGCAAGGCUUACUGCACCGCUCGCCAGGAGCUAGCCGUGCUGUUGACCCUCAAGCAUCCCAAUAUUGUGCCGCUCGUGGGUAUUUGCAUUAAACCGCUUGCUUUGGUGCUGGAAUUGGCGCCGCUGGGCGGUCUGGAUGCUCUACUAAGGCAGUAUAGACGCAGCGGCGCUCAUAUGGGUCCACAUACGUUCCAGAUGCUUGUGGUGCAGGCAGCGCGCGCCAUAGAGUAUCUGCAUCGUCGUCGCAUCAUCUAUCGCGAUCUGAAGUCGGAAAAUGUGCUUGUGUGGGAGCUGCCGCAACCGCACAGCGAGGAUAGUCCCAGGAAUCAGGUGCAUAUUAAGAUCGCCGACUAUGGCAUUAGUCGUCAGACGGCGGCUGGUCUCAGUGCCAAGGGCUUUGGUGGCACCGAGGGCUUCAUGGCGCCCGAAAUUAUACGCUUUAAUGGGGAGGAGGAAUACACCGAAAAGGUGGAUUGCUUCUCGUUUGGCAUGUUUAUCUAUGAAAAUAUUAGUCUACGUCAACCAUUUGAGGGACACGAGUCCAUCAAGGAAUGCAUAUUGGAGGGCAGUCGUCCAGCGUUGACACAACGUGAGACACAGUUUCCUACCUGUUGUCUCGAUCUCAUGGUGCUCUGUUGGCACGAGCAGCCACGACGGCGACCCUCUGCUAGUCAAAUAGUAUCAAUACUCAGUGCUCCUGAGUGCAUUCAUCUGCUCGAUGUGGUCGCCUUGCCACACAGCGACAAGAUUGUUUGCGGCGCCUUUCAACUGCUGACCGCCGGCUUGGAGGAGGAUCGCUCUGGCCUAGAGUUGUGGUUGCCUGCGUUCGGCUCUCGCAUCGAUAUACUUGAUGUGUCGCCAACAGGCAGUUUGCUGCAGUGCAGCAGCAUUAGCUGUGCACCUCAGCCUCAAGUGGCGGCGCCCAAAACACCAGAGAAUUCGGCAACGUCGCGUGCACGCUCCGCUCAGCGUAUUCCCAAAGUGAAUAUGCUUUGCUGUUGUCUGGUGGGCGAGGCCAUUUGGAUGGGUGAUGUGUCCGGCAAUCUGCAUGCGUACAGCACCACAAGCUAUGCCCAUUUGUUUUCCUAUAUGCUCGAUCCGGCCAUCAAGUCGGCGGUGAUAAGUCUCGUUUAUAUGGAGGGAAUUGCACGCGUUGCUGUUGGAUUGCACAAUGGUCGAGUGUUUCUCGUGGAUGCCAGUCGCAUGCCCAGCAAUUGCGCCUUUGCUGAAGGCUCUUUUGUGCUCACCGAGAUUUGUUCCGGCUUUGUGCUGCACGCCUCCUGCUCGGUGCUCAUUGAUGGCGUCUAUGAGCUUUGGUGCGGGGAGAUUGCGGGCAAAAUCAACGUAUUUCCAGUGAAUGAGGCGGGUGUGUGCGGCCAUCAGGCAUUGUGCCACAGCGAGGAGCCCAAUCUCAUCGAAGAUGUCAAAGUGUCACGCUUGUGUAGCAACGACAGUCAUGUCUUCAGCUGUCUGUAUCCGGGUUGCAUGGUCUAUCAAUGGGGAGCUGCUUCGAAGCGCAUUGAGAACAAAUUGGACUGCUCGAAGCUGCUGCCCUGCUCCGAGUCACUGCAGAGCAUUGCAAUUGACGAGCAUGUGAAUCUAAUUAAAUGUCAAAUCUCCGCAUUGGCCGCACACAACACUGAGCUCUACAUUGGCACCACUUGGGGUUGCCUCAUUGUGGCAGAGUUGCAAACGUUGCGUCCCAUCAGCGUCUUUCGACCCUACGAGAAUGAGAUAAAGGCCAUCAUUACCAUGCGCAAUGCGGGGGUGCCCUUGAUUGCCACGCUUGGUCGGCGCUAUCGCUCUCUAAUCUCACGCUAUGUGGACACAGCUGAGUCGACAUCACGUUCAGCUGGCUCUGUGGUGAGCACACCAACGCAUGGGGCUGCCAAAUCGGUGCCGCCAGCAGAUGUGGACAACCACAUUCAUUGUUUGCUGUGGCGUGCAAAGCAUUGGACCUAAAGAGGAUCUCAAUUCAAUCGUAUAGAAGAAAUACUCUGGCAAUAUUUGUUAAACAAACUAAUAGUAUUUAUUAA